AAGCUGCAGCAUUCACAUGGACUUCCCCAGAGAGCUCUUUGUACCCUGGGCUCUCAGCCUGCUGCUGCCAGGGUUCUGUGGCGCCUUCAAUAUCGACACCAAAAGCUCCCGGAUCAUCCCCGGGUCCAGAGACGCCUUCUUUGGCUACACAGUGCAACAGCAUGAGAUCAGUGGGAAGAAAUGGCUGGUGGUGGGAGCCCCCUAUGAAACCAGUGGGCACCAGAGGACCGGAGAUGUUUACAAAUGCCCAGUGAUCCAAGGCAACUGCACAAAGCUGAACUUAGGACGAGUGACACUCUCCAACGUGUCAGAGCGUAAAGACAACAUGCGUCUGGGCCUGAGCCUCACCACCAACCCCAAGGAUAACAGUUUUGUGGCCUGCAGCCCGCUCUGGUCUCACGAAUGUGGCAGCUCCUACUACACCACGGGGAUGUGCUCCAGGGUGAACGCCAACUUCAGAUUCUCCAAGACUGUGGCCCCAGCUCUCCAGAGGUGCCAGACAUACAUGGACAUAAUAAUAGUUCUGGAUGGUUCCAAUAGCAUAUACCCCUGGGUGGAAGUUCAGCAUUUCCUCAUCAACAUUUUAAAGAAGUUUUACAUCGGUCCUGGUCAGAUCCAGGUCGGCGUGGUUCAGUACGGAGAGGACGUCGUCCAUGAGUUUCACUUAAGUGACUACAGGUCGGUAAAAGAUGUGGUGGAAGCCGCUAGUCACAUUGAGCAGAGAGGAGGUACAGAAACCCGGACAGCGUACGGGAUAGAAUUUGCUCGCUCCGAAGCCUUCCAGAAGGGCGGGAGAAAAGGCGCGAAGAAGGUGAUGAUCGUGAUCACGGACGGGGAGUCGCAUGACAGCCCGGACCUGGAGCAGGUGAUCGACGCCAGUGAGAAAGACAACAUCACCCGCUAUGCCGUGGCGGUGCUUGGCUACUACAACCGGAGAGGAAUCAACCCAGAAGCAUUUCUGAGUGAGAUAAAAUACAUAGCAAGUGACCCAGACGACAAGCAUUUCUUUAACGUCACGGAUGAAGCUGCUUUAAAAGAUAUUGUGGAUGCCCUCGGAGACAGGAUAUUCAGCUUGGAAGGAACAAACAAGAAUGAAAUCUCUUUUGGCCUAGAGAUGUCCCAGACUGGAUUUUCCUCCCACGUUGUGGAAGAUGGGAUUCUGCUGGGAGCAGUCGGUGCCUAUGACUGGAACGGAGCAGUCCUGAAGGAGACCAGCGGUGGGAAGGUGAUCCCUCACCGGGAAUCUUACCUGCAGGAGUUUCCAGAAGAGCUGAAGAACCACGGGGCCUACCUGGGCUACACCGUCACCUCCGUCAUGUCUCCAAAGCAUUGCAGGAUUUAUGUGGCCGGGGCACCCCGUUUUAACCACACCGGCAAAGUCAUCAUUUUCACUAUGCACAACAAUAGAAACCUGACUAUUCACCAGUCCCUGAAAGGAGAGCAGAUUGGCUCAUACUACGGGAGUGAGAUCAACUCCGUAGACGUGAACGGCGAUGGAGUGACAGACAUUCUGCUUGUUGGGGCACCGAUGUUCUUCAGCGAAGGCCGAGAAAGAGGGAAAGUGUAUGUCUAUGUUUUAAGACAGAGCCAGUUUGUUUUCGAUGGGGCGCUCCAGGAUGGGAACAAUUACCAGAAUGCUCGCUUUGGCUCUUCCAUCUCAUCUGUCCGGGACCUAAAUCAGGACUCCUACAAUGACGUGGUGGUGGGCUCACCCCUGGAAGACGACCAUCAGGGAGUCAUCUACAUCUUCCACGGCUUGAGAGGGAACCUCCUGAAGAACCCCAAACAGAGAAUCGCGGCUUCGUCCCUGGCCCUGGGGCUCCGUUAUUUUGGCUGCAGCAUCCACGGGCAGCUGGACCUGAAUGAAGAUGGCUUGGUCGACCUGGCAGUCGGAUCGCUCGGUAGUGCUGUGUUAUUAUGGACCCGCAGCGUGGUGAGAAUCAAUGCCAGCAUCCGCUUCGAACCCUCCAAGAUCAACAUCUUCAACAAGGAUUGCAAGCGCAAUGGGAAAGAUGCGGCCUGCCUGUCAGCCUUCCUCUGCUUCACCCCGCUCUUUCUGGCACCCUCUUUCCAGGCCGCCACUGUAGGCCUGAGGUACAAUGCCACCAUUGAUGAGCGGCGGUACACCCCGCGGGCCCACCUGGACGGGAGUGCAGACAAGUUCAUGCAGAGGGCCGUGCUGCUGACCGCCAGCCAGGAGCACUGCGACCAGAUGGACUUCCAUGUCCUGGACACGGCCGACUACGUGAAGCCGGUGGCAUUUUCGGUUGAGUACGGCCUGGAUGGACAGGACCAUGGGCCCAUGCUUGAAGAUGGCUGGCCAACCUCCCUCAGGGUUUCCGUGCCCUUCUGGAAUGGCUGCAACGAGGAUGAGCACUGCGUCCCCGACCUAGUGCUGGACGUUAGGAACAACAUCCCCAGUGCCAUGGAUUACUGCCAAAGAGUCCUGAGGAAGCCACCCUCCGACUGCUCCACCUACAAGAUGUCUUUCGACUCCUCCGUCUUUAUCAUCGAGAGCUCUCGGCGGAGGGUGGCCCUGGAGGCUACCCUGGAGAACCGGGGGGAGAAUGCCUACAACACACUGCUCAACAUUUCCCAUUCGCAAAACCUCCAGUUUGCUAGCUUGAUUCAGAAGGAUGACUCAGAUGGGAGCAUCGAGUGCAUAACUGAGGAGAAGCGGCUCAACAAAAAAGUGUGCAACGUCAGCUACCCAUUCUUCAGAGCCAAAGCCAAGGUGGCUUUCCGCCUGGAUUUUGAGUUCAGCAAAUCUGUCUUUCUUCAGAGCAUGGAGAUCGCCCUUACCGUCGGCAGUGACAGCGAAGAGAAGGAAAGCACCAAAGAAGACAACUCAGCCAUACUGAAUGUCCACCUCAAAUAUGAAGCCGACAUCCUGUUCACCAGGACCUCCAGCCUGAGCCGCUUCGAGGUCAAGUCCAACAGUUCCUUGGAGCGGUACGACAGCAUCGGCCCCCCUUUCAACUGCUCCUUUAAGAUCCAGAAUUUGGGCUUCUUCCCUGUCGACGGGGUGACGAUUAAGAUCACGGUCCCUGUGGCCACGCGGGGCGGGAAUCGUCUGCUGAUGCUCACUGACUUCCUCGUGGACCAGAUGAACACCACCUGCAACAUCUGGGGAAACAACACAGACUACCGGCAGGCCCCGGCUGAGGAGAAUCUGAGCCACUCCCCGCAGCUGAAUUACAGCAACUCGGAUGUGGUUUCCGUUGACUGCCACGUGCGACUGGCUCCCAACCAGGAAAUCAACUUUUAUCUGAUGGGCAACCUUUGGUUGAGGACGCUGAAAGCCCUCAAAUUCAGGUCUCUGAAAAUCACCACCAAUGCAGCACUCCAGCGCCAGUUCCACAGCCCAUUCAUCUUCAGAGAAGAGGACCCCAGCCGCCAGAUCACAUUUGACAUCUCCAAGCAUGAAGCCUCUCAGGUCCCCAUCUGGAUCAUCAUUGGGAGCUCUCUAGGGGGCCUUCUGCUCCUGGCCCUCCUGGUCCUUGCACUUUGGAAGCUGGGAUUCUUUGACAGUGCCAGCCGGAAGAGGGACUCAGAACAGGAACAAGAAGCCAAAGUGCUAGAAUGAGGCUCGAGGGUCGGGGGGGCUUGCCUGGCCAGGCCGACUGAGGGGCUCCCAUGCCACACUCGUCCUCACUGGGAGGGGGGACCCUUCUCCCAGCCCCCUCCACGGCCUUCACUCUCGGGGUGGAGGGGGUGCACAGGGCCCCAGGACACCCCCCGCAAGGUACUUCAAACUGGUUUUAAACGGUGCCGUUUCACCUAGAUGCUUGCUCCCUCCCUCCCCUCCGUACUGGCUGCUGGCAUCCCCGCAACAGGCCCUGGCUCUAGAAGAAUACACAUCGCCAGUGGAAACUGUAAGGAGAGAACAACAGAUUCCCUCCCCCCACCAUGCUGCAGCCCCUCUGCCCUCCCCAGCCCCCUUCCUCUUGGGGUGCUGCCCUGUGACCUUUUCCUGGACAUCUCUCCGACAUCGCUCAUCGCCUGGCACUGUAGCAACCAGGCAGACUUGGGUGCCAAUGGUUCACUGAGAAUAAUCAGAGGGAAGUGGGAGAGACAGAGAGGCCGUGGAGUUCAUUUUAACGGCAAGGGUCAUCCCCUUCUGCCCCAGAAAACAUGGCUGGCACCCCUCUGCCCAACAAGCUGGCACUGAUGAGGAGCUGGUGUGAAGCUGGCACAAAGGCUUCUGGGAAACCUCUCUGCCCAGGCCAACCCCAAAAACAGCAGCACGUUCUCCACGGCUGUGCACUGAGACCCGCCAGGGUGUAAGGAUGCCAGGAGAGAAGGGUGGUGUUGCGACCCUCCCCGUGGCCCUUGAUAUCCCUCCUGCCAGCGAAAAAGCCACUGGGGCUGGAGUUCCCCCCAAAGGACAGUUUAGAUGAUGCCAAGUAGCCAAAACUCCCAUGCACAGAAUCUCUGCCUCUCUGGGCUCCCCUGCCCCAAACUUCGUGGCCGAGGAGACGUCAACAGUCCAUCCUCCCCUGCAUCAGCCCAGGCUCUAGGUGACAACAGUUUUGAGAUUUUUUUUGAUCUGUCAUCUUUCGAAUGCACUGAAGACAUUUAAAAUCAAAUUAAGCACCUUACUGCAGGAUGUUCAGUGCCCGGCUGUAUAUACUUAUUCAGAAAAUGUUUACCUACCCAGGAGACAGGAUUCCAAAAUCAGUUUGAAGUGCUCUCUGCCAAACGUGGGUGCUCUGCCCGUCUUCGGGGCAAGCGUCGCAGCAAGAAACCUCGGGUGCUGGGUGGACAGAGGACCGUCCUCCGUUGCCGAGAUUUAUUUAUGCCGUUAAGCCGUCUCAUGAUUGAACCAGAUCUCUCCACUACCUGUGGCCAAGUACUGUCUUGACUGUCGGUCAGCAAUUUCCAACAUUAAAGGUUCAGUGUU